UCUACCGAGUCUCUAUAUUGCCACAGCCGUUGCGAAUAUCGUCAGCGAUAUGGUUCUAUUCAUCUUACCAUUACCGAUGGUUGUGGGGCUCGUCAUCAUCUUCGGUAUUGGGUCGUUGACUGUCAUAACAUCCAUUGUUCGCGUUUCUUUGUUGCCACAGAUGCUUGACAAUCCAGAUGGGCCUUGGAUGGUUGGAGUUGUCAGCGUGUGGACGAUUGGCAGUCAAGUCGAAGGCUAUCUUAUCAUCAUGUGCGCCUCCCUCCCAACAUUCCCAAAGUUUGUUCGCCAUGGCUCCCCCAAACUCCUUGACGAGUCUCGGUACGGCAGUAAAACCAAGACCAACGAAAACUCGCACCCGCCGAGCCGUACACUUUCUCGCCACGAACGACAUCAAUACUCCCAAUUUGACCCCGAAGAGGGCCAUGUCACGACUGAAACAUUUGUAAUGGGUCCUGUGAGUUCAAAAAACAAGGGUAAGGGAAGGGGGCUAGAUCAGAUUGACGGCUGGGGGGACAGUGACUCCGAGAGGGCCAUCGUUGCCACACCUCCAGGACCUAAAGGAAUUGCCCGCACUACGGUGGUUACUGUCGAGGUUGAGAAUCGAAGCAGCGAUGAGGAAAGUAAGCCA